UGUCUAAUAUUAAUAAUUAACAAGUCUGUAAACUUUGCUGGUGAGCCUGCGUGGUCAUCGCCCUUGUAAGCAAGGCAGAGGGACAUCCACCUCUGUGUGUUGUAUGUGGUCUGUUGAUGAACGCUUUUGGUUGUUUUGUCGAAUGUCCUCUUUCUUAGGCCCUACUUUCAUCUCUUUAUUUGACUGUGAUGGAGUGGUGAGGUCAGUGAAACGUCAUGCUGCCAUUUGCCAGAUGUGAGAACUCUUAGCUACCAGCUGUCCCCUAUGGAUGUACAGAAAACAUGUGGCAACACCACCUCGAAUCCCAUGUGCGAUGAGGAGGCGUCAGGUCCACUGGCUGAAAUAAUCAUCCCUUCCCUGUUGGCUCUCAGCACGGUGGUGGUGGUGGCCCUCAUUUUUUGCAGUCUCCUCAGGAACAGAAUAACGGCACCCGUCUCUGCCCCAGCACACGGCCAGCGGUCUGUCUCCCUGAGCGCAGACUCCAAGGUCUGUCCCGAGGCCCAGGAGGCUCUGCAGCCCUGGCAGCUUCCUGCAGAAUAUGCUCUGGAGGGACUGCAGUUCUGGCAGUCGGGCCGCUACGGCCCCAUUUGUAACGGCCGACUGAAGAAAGAGGGCACCUCUCAGGCAGUGGUGGUGAAGUUGCUUCGAGAUGGGCCCGAUCAGCCUGAGGCGAAGGAGUUUAUGGAGUGGGUCCUCUUCCACGCCACCGUGUGUAAACACGAGAAGGUGGUGAGGAUGCUGUACUGUCAGACCCAACGCCGGCCCAUGUACAUGGUCUUGGAGGCCUGCAGUCCAGGGAACCUGCUGCACUUCCUCUGGACCCUCAGAAAUGACUAUUUGAUGUCGGAGCACAGGCUGGUGCACGGCGACGUUGCAGCCAGGAACAUCCUGAUGGGCCCGGGCCUCUCCGCCAGGGUGUCCGGCUUGUGUGUGGCCUUCGCCGGGCGUCGGGCCGGCUCGGCGGCGAGGCGGAGGGCGGCGGAGGCGCCUCUCAAAUGGCAGGCUCCGGAGAGGCUCCUGAAGCAGCCCGCUAUAGACAGGAGUGACGUAUGGUCAUUUGGGAUCUUGCUCUAUGAGAUGAUCACCUUAGGCUCUCCUCCAUAUCCCGAGCUGGAGCCUUCGUCCUUGCUGUCGUAUCUGCAGAGUUCCCACCGAAUGGCGAGACCAGAGAACUGUGGAGGACCCCUGUAUGACCUGAUGAAGUACUGCUGGGCUUGGAGCUUCAAGGACCGGCCUGCAUUCUCGGCCAUCGUAAAGCUGUUGGAGUCCUACAUGUACCUGGCUGCUACUAAUGCUCUCCGUGUCCCUGACGCCAUGGACGUCUUUGACUACAACAAGAGGGCAGGGCUGCACCCUUAAGCACACGCAAGCAGGCGUAGCAAACGCCAACCAAGAUGACGAAGGAAUAAAAAAAACGUCAUAAAAAAACCCUACAAAUUCAAUUUAAUUCACUUCGAAACUUUAUUGCGGACUCGGGGUCCAUAACAGACAAAGACAAAUAGGUAAAGGACAAACCCCAGACAAUGCAAAGAGUAAACAUAAUAAAAUAACACCAGUGGAACAAGCCAGUGUGUUAUAAGCUAUACCAGCGGUCCCACUGCCGGGACUGGUAGUGUGUGGAACUGAAUCUUAUAUUAGCUAAACUCUUGAUGAUUACAUUAUUAGAGUCAUUGAGCCGGCAAAUAAAUCUAUACAUGAGCUUUCUUAGAAGAGCCUGAGAGGUACUGACUCCUGCAGCCACAAACAUUUCACUUGCACUACACCAUCCAGGUCUUUUUGGUAGUGUUCUCAUAACAUCAUUAUAAGCUACUCGAAGCCUCUGUAAGCUUGCCUUUUUUAUAGUUUGACCACAGGGGUGCAGUAUAGAGUGGU